AUGAGAUCCCACAUGGCCACGCUCGCCCCCGGCUCGGAGCGCUCCCUCCCUCGCCUCAGGCCACAGCCGCUGCAGAUUCCGCCCACACACAGAGUCCCGGAGCCUCCCGCAGACCUGCACGACUCCCUGCACACCUUCACGUCCUGCACGGUGCCCUGGCGGUCACGCGGCCGCUUCCUCACUCUGCGCGACUCUGUCAAAAAGAGCCCCACCAAAAGCACGGCAAAAGUGGGUGUGCGCCGGGACGGACUGGCCUGGGUCCCACGGCUGCCUGCGCAGGGGAACUCUGGGCUCGGCUUCAGCAUCGCAGGGGGCAUCGACAACCCUCACAUCGGGGACGACCCCAGUAUCUUCAUCACCAAAGUCAUCCCAGGAGGAGCCGCGGCCCAGGACGCCAGGCUCAGAGAGCCCCGUAGGAUUGUCCUCCAGCGCGGGGCCACUGGACUGGGCUUCAACAUUGUGGGAGGAGAGGAUGGAGAGGGCAUUUUCAUCUCCUUCAUUCUGGCAGGAGGACCGGCCGAUCUGUGCGGAGAGCUGCGCAAGGGAGACCGCCUUGUCUCGAACCCUGCACAUCACCCUCUCCCAUCUGCUCACCAGCGCCCCCUGUGGAGCGAGGAGACUCGCAAGUUUGUUUCACUUGUGCCCGUUUCCAGCAGUAGUUAUUCCCUGAGGUGA